AUGGCCCUGAACGCCCCGCCCAACCCCGAAGAAUACGUUCUUCUCUAUUUUAUCACCAUGCAUCACACGAAAGAUGCCUCCGAGCUCCUCCCAGGCCUCGACGAAAAGCUCGGGGUCAAUCGCGAGUCGUACAACCCCGAAGAUCUCAGCAAGCAAGUCCUCCGAGCGGAAGAAAAAUUAGGGCUGAGUGGAAAGACGCUUGAAGAGAAGAAGGACCUAUACUACAGAGCUCUGGCAGAAUCAGUUACGCUGGAGACGUGGCACAAAAAAUUAGAGUCGCUGGACUCCAACACCCAACCUUUUGUCUCUUGGGCGGGAUUUCGACUCCUUUACACAUGGGUUAAGGGCACCAACAACCCAGAGAAUCAGGACAUGCUUCUGCACCGGAUGCCACUGAGGCGCCAGCAGCUACAUCUGAACGCGAUACUUCAGCAUCUCGCCCCUACCACUAGUUUCUCUUCUAAGUAUCUAAGGAGCGCGAAUAGAUAA